GGAAACCCUCUCUGAAUGAACUUUCAACUGACUGGGAGUAGACCAUAGACUGUAAAGGAAUACACAGGAGAAGAAAAUCAGACAAAAUGUGGAAUAGGAUAUUAUUUUUUUGUGGACUGGUGGUCAGUCUCAUCUGCAUCACUGACCAGACUCAGGGCCAGAAAACACCUUUAGUUGUUCAAGGGACUGAUUGCACACAGAUCAAAACUCUCUCCCCUCAAGCCACCAGUGGAGUGUAUGUCAUUCAGCCUGCAGGAGUCACAUCCCCCUUUAAGGUGUUUUGUGAAAUGCUGGCAGAUGGAGGCUGGACAGUCUUUCAGAGGCGCUCCGGGGCAGAGGUUCUUUUCAACAGGAAGUGGGCCAAGUACGAACAAGGCUUUGGGAAUCUACAGAAGGACCACUGGCUGGGUCUGAGUAAGGUGUUUGCUCUAACCAAUUGGGGCAGGGGGCUGAGAUCGACUAUGCGGGUCGACCUGUGGGACUUUGAAGGGGCCACUGCCUUUGCUGAGUACAGCGACUUCCGUCUGGGCACGGAGAACGAGGCCUACCAUCUGAACGUUGGAGCCUACAGAGGCAACGCAGGUGAUGCCAUCCGUGGGAAUUACACAGGCAUUGACCAGAAUGGCUUUGGUUUCAGCACAACCGACAAGGACAAUGACGGCUGCUCGCCCUGCAUCUUUGGCGACAUCGCCGAGAACACAUGCAGCUUCUCGGAGGGAGGAGGAGGGUGGUGGUACAGCCGCUGUGGCUCCGCCAGCCUGAACGGAGACUGGCACCCCGCCGGCGAACACAACGGCUGGGCCUCCGGCCUCCACUGGGAGACCUGGAAAGGAUCUGCCCCAUACUCGGCCCGAGCCAGCCGCAUGAUGAUCAAGUCUGUGUGGAAGAAGAUUAUUACAGCAAACUAAUAUGAAAACAAAUCUUGAAAAAACAAUUUUGUAAACUAAAAGUAAAAUAAUAAACAAGGCAAGGUUUGACAAACAAAACUAUACUGAAACUAUUAUCUUUAACUUAAUAAAAUAAAAUAAAAACCAUCAUUAAUUAUGUUCAGUAAUUGUUUUAAUUUUUUGCUUUGGGCAAAAAUCCAAUGGAGUUUCAAAAUAUACAGUUGAAGUC